AAAGCUUAAUAUCAAUCAAUUCAAACUCAGCUAUAAUUAAAAAGCUAAUAUUCUAAAAAAACUAUUGCGCUUUAUGUGAAUAAGGGAAUAUAUUUAUUGAUUCAAAUCAUCUUUUUAUAGAUUAAAGUAUUUUUUAAGAAAAUACUGCAUUUAAUGGAGGCUCUUUAUAUUUACAUAUGCCAGCUUUAUCAAAAUCUAAUAGAAUUUUAGAAUGUACAAAUUUUAAUGACUACUAAGUAUAAUUUAGCUAAGCAAAUCAAACAAUAUUAAACUGCUCUUUUAUUGGCAACUUAGCUUUAUAAAGUGGAGGAUCUAUUUUUAUAGAGAGCACUCUAAUAUAUUUAUCUAAUUUAUAAUUUACUGGUAAUAAAGCAUAAAUGUAUGGAGGUGCUAUAGCUUCUGAUAAUAAACUUGAUUCUAAAUUUUAAAAUAUUUAAUUAACAUUUUCGUCAUUUAUGAAUAACUAAGCUCUUAUUGGUAGUGUUUUAUUUUAAAUGCAAAACCUCCCUAUUAGCAGGAUAUUCUAAAAUACAUUGUUAAAUAAUUUUGCAAAAUUAUAUGGAAACUAGUUAGAAUAAUCUGCUGUAGGAUUUAUUGGAAUUUUAAAUGGUCAAAAAUAUAAUUCUAAAAUUGUAAUUUAUAAUUUUCUAAGCGGAAUAAUUCAAGAUGAUUUGUUAAUUUAACUUAUAAAUGCUGAAAAUUACCCAAUUUCAUAAUUAAAAAAUGACAUAAUUCUUAAAUUAGAAACAGACUAGGAAGAUUUUUCAAUUUUUCCUUCAUAGAUAAAAUAAAAUAAUGGCUUAUUUAAUUUAUCUAAUUUAUCCAUCUAUGGAAAGUUGGGGUCAUAGCUAAAAAUUAGACUUACUUCUGAUUUUAACUACAUCCCUAAUUAUGACUUAUAGGGAAAUUUUCUUAAUAUUUCUUAGAAUAUUUAUUUUGAAAUACAUUUUUAGUUCAGAAAAUUAUGUCCUAAGGGUACAACUCUUGUCUAAGAUAAUAGCAAAAAGGAUAUGUGCUAUAAUUGCCCCGCUGGUACAUUUAAUUUAGUUGAUGGAUAAAAUUGUAUCAAAUGUCCUUUUGUUUGUUAGAACUCAAUAAUGUAUUUACCAAGAGGAUAUUGGAGAUAUUCUUUAACAACAUAUGAAUAUUAAGAAUGCUAUUUAUCAUAAAAUUGUGUUGGAGAUAUUGAUAAAAUAGUAUCUCAAAAAUUAUAGGGCAGUACAAAUAGAUAUUGUAGUGAAGGAAAUAUUGGAGUAUUUUGCAUGGAUUGUGACAUAGAAGGAAUAUACUGGGAAAACAGAUACUAAUAAAUAACUCCUUAUACAUGCUAAACGUGUGAUGGAUUCAAAAAUUUUCCAAGUUUAAUAAUAUUUUUCAUAAAUCUAUUAUUUUAUGGAUUUAUAAUAAACAUAAUAAAUAAAUAAAUUCAAGUGUAAAAAUUGAAAAAAGUUUUCUACCUUUUAAAAGUUAAUAUCUUUUAGGAUACCAAAUAAUUCAACUUGAUUAAAAUCUUAAUAAACUAUUUAGUCUUACUAAGUUUAAUUAAUCCAUUUAUCAAUGUACUACCAAUAUUCUUAUAGUAAUUUAUAUUUGAGUUAUUCAAUGCCCCUAAUAAUAUGCUAAAGCUAUUAGAUUGUAAGCUUAUUCUUCUAUUAGAUACUUAACAGAUACCUUUUUGUCAUGCAAGGAUAUUUAUAUCAUUAAUAAUUUUUUUAUUUAUCUUUCUAUUUAUGUUUAUAAUAUCAUAAUUUUACUUAAAAACUGAUAAAAUAACAAGAAUUGCAUCCCUCUUUUUUGUCUAAAUUCACAAUAUCCCUUAUUUAGCCAAAUUAUUCAUAGGAGUCUUAAGUUAUCUAACCGUUUAGGGUCAAAAUUAUAUAAAAGAUUUUCCAAGCGUAACAUUGAACAUUAAAUAAGUUGGAUUUAUUGUAUCAAUCUCAUUACUAAGCUUUUAAGUUCUAUUCUUAUUUGCUUUACAAUAUUUUAUGAAGACAAAAAAGGAUUUUCUUGAAAAUGAAAGAGCUCCUCACUACCUUCGAUUUAUGUAUCAAGAUUACUAUUAUUACUGGUGGGAAAUUGCUUCUUCUCUUUAUAAAUUAUUAUUAUUUUUAGUUGAAGGUAUUUAUUUUUAGUAAUACAUUUUAAGAGAUACGAUUUGCUGCUCGAUCUGCUUUAUUUAUGCCACAUCAAUACUAUAUUUUUUACCUUACAAAAGAAAGGAAUUAAAUUAUAUAGAAGUACAUAUUAGCUUUGGUUUAUCUGUGAGUUUUGGUUUAAUGAGCUAUUUAAAUUAGAAAAGCUACAAAAAUGAGUCUUUAGCUACCAUUAUCUUUAUAAAUCUUUCAAUAUUAAUUUUAUUGGCCUAUAGUCUAUCUUAAAAUUAUUUUAAAAUAUUUUUAAGCU